UUGCUUCGGUAAGGAGUGUGGGUUGUUGUUUCGGAAAGAGUCGCUCAGUUACGCGCCGAAUUUUGAUCUCGUGAGAGGUUUUCCUGAGACGGUCACAAUCAUAAUUGUUGUGCUCAACUUUUUUGCGGUGACUUUUACGAGUUAGAAACAACAAGAACUUAAUCAAGGUAGAAUGUCUGCCUCUCCUGCAGCUCGUCAGGCUGUGUCACAAGGGAUUCCUAUGUCAAGACGCAUUAAUAUCAACCAUGAAAGUGAACUUCCCAACGACUUAUCAAGCACUCCUGGUGGAUCUUUGUUCUCUACAACUCCUGGAGGUACACGCGUGUAUUAUGACCGGAACUUUAUGUUGUCGAUGAGAAACUCGCCAUUGGCUCGGACGCCUCCAACCAACCUGCCAUCCAUCCCUGGAGUUACUGUCCCUGACAACCGGCCUGCGAAACCCGACUCACGCAAAAGCCGAGAUUCCGACGAAGAUGCUAAGAGGCUGUCUGCCAUUGAUGCAACUGCCGCAGCUCCGGCCAAAGAUGAAGACGAACAAUUCCAGAUAGAGCUUUAGAGAAUACGUCUUGUUGCAUGCCUGCUGAGAUCUGUUGUAGUAAAUAUGAUUUGUUAUGGAUGCGUCGGCUACACCUAUUAUAUUAUAAGGCCAGUGUUUUUAUUUAAUGGAAGCAUUUGCCACUAGGAUCACUUGUAAAAUUCGAAUAUUUUCUGGUUGUGGCUAAUGGUUGUCACGAUUUUGUCCACACUGCAUCAAACGCUGAAUGUUUUCUCUGAAAAUUUAUACGAUUUGAAUUCACCAAUCGGUACUUUUCUGUCCGCUCAUUAACUUAUAAAAUUUCAGAACAAAGUUGCGAAAACUGAAUGUGUUUUCAGAGCCUAUGUGGCCACAUAAGAGAUAUAAUAAUACCAUAAGGGUAUUAUUAUAAGAUAUAAAUACAAUUUUUUGCUUCUGUGCAAAAAAUAAAUAUUAACUUUCUUAAGUCACACUAAAAAACUAAGCUCACAUGAAAAUAAUAAUUUGAUGUGAUUGAUGCAUUGAGAAAUUCAGUCUUAACAGGUUGUAAUUUGUGAAAAUUUCAUAAUUAUUAUUAUAAUUAUUACGGAUGAUUC